AUGACUACACUAACAAUAUUUGAUUUAGGUGAUGACGUAUUAGUAGAUACCAUCACCAAAUACCUUUCAUAUCGGGAUAUCUUUAAUUUUUCAAUUACAAAUAAAUAUUUAUAUAAUCUCUUUUAUCAUUCACCACUAUCAUCAAUAAUUUAUAAUAUUCUUUAUUUAAAAAAGUAUACAAAUAAUGAAAAUCAUAAUGUUAAACUUUUAAAAGAUUUUAAUUGGAAAAAGUUAUUUUCAUUACGUAGUGAUCCUCAUCAAAAAUUGUAUACUUGGGGUUCAGCAGAUAUGGGAAGAUUAGGUUAUAAAUUUGCUUCUGUACCUUCAGAUCAUCAAUCAAUUAAUCCAACUUUUACAUUUAGACCUUCAGGGAUUCAUACUCCAACUAAUCUUGAUAAAUUUAAUAAUCAUAUUUUAGUUGAUGUAAUUGCUAAUGGAUUUUCGUUUAUUAUACUUACAAAUGAAGGUCUGUUAUAUUAUACUGGAGCAAAUUGGAAAUCUUCUACAAGUAUUUAUAGAUCUUCAACUCCUGGACCAAUUGAAGGUUAUGAUUAUUAUGAACCUCCUUCAACAAUGUAUAUAACUAGAGAUUCUAAUGCUUUAGGAGCUAGAAGAACUUUAUUAACUCAUUUACCAAGUCCAGAUAAUAGAUAUGAUCGAGAUAUUGAUAUUAAUCCUGAUCAUGAAACAAUAACUCAGCCUCAAGGUAGAAGAAGAUUACCAGCUACAAAUUUAACAUUACCACCCGAAAGAUUAAAUCCUAUGGAAGGAAUUAAUUCAGAUGGAUCAAUAUCUCCAAGUAGUAAACCUAAUGUUAAAGAAUCUGAAUUUGUUACAAAAUUAAAAUUACCUCCAUGGCAUGAAGAAAAAGAUUUUAAAAGAAAGAUUAUUAGUAUAAGUAGUGGAAGAGAACAUAUUCUUGCGUUAGAUAAUUAUAAUAAUUUAUAUACAUGGGAUUCAGGUACAAGAACUGAUGUGGGAAUAAGAUUAAAAUUUCCUGGAUUAGAUAUAAUUGAUCCAAUUGAAAAAAUUGUUGCGGGAUGGAAUUUAUCCGGAUGUUAUAUUGAAUCAAUUGGAUUAAUUAUUUGGUAUACUCGUAUACCAUUUAGUGAAGAACAAUUUAAAUUAAAUGAUUUUAGUAGUGAAACAAAAUAUUUUAUAAUACCAGGAACUCGUCAUAAUAUUAUUGAUUUUGCUCUUGGAGCUGAUUUAGUAUUAUUUAUAAAGAAAUCAGAUAAAAAAUUAUAUAAAUUACAAUUUUCAGUUCAUGAAUUUGCUAGAACUGAAGUUGGAAUUAAUAUUGUAAUUCCUGAAAUUGAAUCAUUAGAUAGUUUUAAUAAUUGGUUGAAAAAUUAUAAUAUUUAUAAUGGAUUAAAUUCUAAUUUUUCUAAAGUUAGUUGUUGUUUUAAUAAUUUUGUUGUAUUUACUGAUCAUGAUUCUAUAUUAUUAGGAUCUAAAUCUGAUGAUAAUGUUGAUGCUAAUAAUUUAGAUACGGUUAAAGUUAUUGAAGAAUUACAACAUCAAAAUAUUAAAUCAAUUGAAAUUGGUGAUUAUCAUUAUUUAGCUCUUACAACUGAUGGAAAUGUCCUUAGUUGGGGGAUAGAUUCUAAAAAUUGUGGAUGUUUAGGGUUAGGACCUAAGGAAAAAAUUAAAGACAUUUAUGGAUCUAAUAGUAUACAAGAUCAUCAAGAAAGAGGAUUUACUGCGACUAAGCCAUUAAUGGUAAAAAACCCGCCUUAUCCAGGGAAAUGGUUAGCUAUUGCAGCCAAUGGAUGGCACUCAGGCGGGAUAUAUGUGCCACUAAAUGUCGAAUAA